CGCACAGACGCGAGCGUCGCAUCAGCUCUCCAAAGAGAACAACAGUCGACGGACAGAGAGGCGGACGAUACACGACGUGACGCAUCACAGAUUUUUGCUGCCAGGCUCCAUAUCGCAUGAGACAUGCUUGGUCUCAUUUAAUAAGGGAAAUUAAGGGAAAGGCUGCAGUGCAUGUGGGAGUUAAUGUUGUAUAGAGCAAAUGCCAUUGCAGAACUGCGCGGAUAGAACCAGGGACCAUGAGUAUCUCGCCAAAGUGUGUGUGAAUUUUACACCUUGGAUUUUUGUAUUCUAAAAAAAUUGCCACACUGGAUAUUGGUUUGAUUCUCCAAUACCGAAUAGCUAAAGUGCUCACCGAGGGCGCAACUCUACGACCCUCCAGCAGCACUUAAGGGGAACGGCACUGCGGCUCUGCGUGCGCUGUUUUAGCCCUCCACACGAUGCGUCUACUUCUGCUGGCCGUGUUCUUCUCCUGCUCUUGCGUGCGGGUCGGCUGCGAGCCCAAGAUUGUGAACAUCGGGGCCGUCCUGAGCCAGAAAAGAUACGAGCAGGUGUUCAAAGAUGCAGUCACCCAGGCGAACCAGGUGUACGGAAGGGAUAAGUUCAAGUUGACCGCCAUCUCUGUCACUCACAAAGCCAAUGCGAUUCAGAUGGCGCUGUCGGUGUGUGAAGAUCUCAUAUCAAGCCAGGUGUAUGCCAUCCUGGUCAGCCAUCCACCACAGUCUAAUGACCAUCUAACGCCCACGCCGGUCUCCUACACUGCAGGAUUCUACAGAAUCCCUGUAGUAGGGCUCACCACCAGGAUGUCCAUUUAUUCAGACAAGAGCAUCCAUCUCUCUUUCCUUCGUACGGUGCCACCCUAUUCCCACCAGGCACAUGUGUGGUUUGAUAUGAUGCGAGAGUUCCGUUGGAAUCACAUAAUUUUAAUCAUCAGUGACGACCAUGAAGGCAGAGCUGCGCAGAAAAGACUAGAAACUUUGCUGGAGGAGAAAGAGACCAAGAAUAAAAAAAGGAACUAUGAAAACCAAGACCAACUGUCCUAUGACAACAAGAGAGGACCUAAGGCCGAGAAAGUGCUUCAGUUCAACCAAGAGACUAACUUAACUGCCCUGCUCCUGGAGGCCAAAGAGCUGGAAGCACGAGUGAUCAUUCUUUCCGCCAGUGAGGAAGAUGCAGCCGCCGUGUACAAAACAGCACGCUUCCUUAACAUGACAGGCUCGGGCUAUGUGUGGCUGGUGGGAGAGCGUGAGAUGUCCGGUAAAGCUUUGAGCGAGGCCCCAGACGGGCUGAUUGGCCUCCAGCUCAUCAAUGGCAAGAAUGAGUCGGCGCACAUCAGCGAUGCUGUUGCCAUUGUAGCCCAGUCUAUCCAGGAACUCUUUGAGAAAGAGAACAUCACAGAACCGCCAAGAGGCUGCGUGGGCAAUACCAACAUCUGGAAGACUGGGCCACUCUUUAAAAGGGUAUUGAUGUCAUCGAAGUACCCAGAAGGCCUAACAGGACGCGUUGAGUUCAAUGACGACGGAGAUAGAAAAUAUGCGCAUUACAGCAUUCUGAACUACCAAAAGAGCAGACUGAUACAAGUUGGCAUCUACAAUGGAACACAGGUGGUGAUGAAUAAACAGAGGAAGAUAAUUUGGCCCGGAGGUGAAACGGAGAGGCCGAGAGGAUUCCAGAUGUCAACCAGAUUAAAGAUAGUGACCAUUCAUCAGGAACCGUUUGUGUAUGUGAAGCCAACUACGCUGGAUGGAACCUGCAAAGAAGAGUACACACCUAAUGGAGUCUUAAUUAAAAAGGUGAUCUGCACUGGACCAAAUGAGACCAUCCCAGGACGCCCAAUAGUUCCCCAAUGUUGUUAUGGAUUUUGCGUUGACCUUCUGAUCAAGCUGGCGAUGACCAUGAACUUCACCUAUGAAGUGCACCUAGUGGCAGAUGGAAAAUUCGGAACACAGGAAAGAGUGAAUAACAGUAACAAGAAGGAAUGGAAUGGCAUGAUGGGUGAGCUCCUGGGUGGUCUUGCAGAUAUGAUUGUUGCUCCAUUGACGAUUAACAAUGAACGAGCCCAGUACAUAGAAUUCUCCAAGCCUUUCAAAUACCAAGGACUCACUAUCCUCGUGAAAAAGGAAAUUCCUCGUAGUACGCUGGACUCGUUCAUGCAGCCAUUCCAAAGCACACUGUGGCUACUGGUGGGUCUAUCGGUGCAUGUGGUGGCGGUGAUGCUUUACCUACUAGACCGGUUCAGCCCAUUUGGAAGGUUUAAAGUAAACAGCGAAGAAGAAGAGGAGGAUGCCCUCACAUUAUCUUCAGCUAUGUGGUUUUCCUGGGGAGUCUUGUUGAACUCUGGAAUUGGAGAAGGUGCCCCACGUAGUUUUUCAGCAAGAAUUCUGGGAAUGGUGUGGGCUGGCUUCGCUAUGAUCAUAGUAGCCUCUUAUACUGCCAACCUGGCUGCCUUUCUGGUGUUGGACCGGCCUGAGGAGCGCAUCACCGGCAUCAACGACCCAAGGCUGAGGAACCCAUCAGACAAGUUCAUCUAUGCCACAGUAAAGCAGAGUUCGGUGGAUAUUUACUUCCGCCGUCAGGUUGAACUGAGCACCAUGUACCGCCACAUGGAGAAGCAUAACUACGAGAGUGCCGCUGAAGCCAUCCAGGCUGUUCGGGACAACAAGCUGCAUGCUUUCAUCUGGGACUCUGCGGUGCUGGAGUUUGAAGCCUCGCAGAAGUGUGACCUGGUGACCACGGGAGAGCUGUUUUUCCGUUCGGGCUUUGGCAUAGGCAUGCGCAAGGACAGCCCCUGGAAACAGAAUGUGUCCCUGGCUAUUCUCAGUUCCCAUGAGAAUGGCUUCAUGGAGGACCUAGAUAAAACCUGGGUGAGAUACCAGGAAUGUGACUCAAGAAGCAAUGCCCCAGCCACACUCACUUUUGAGAAUAUGGCAGGUGUCUUCAUGCUAGUCGCUGGUGGCAUUGCAGCAGGGAUCUUCCUCAUCUUCAUUGAGAUUGCGUACAAGCGCCAUAAAGACGCCCGCAGGAAGCAGAUGCAGCUAGCCUUUGCGGCCGUCAAUGUUUGGAGGAAGAACCUACAGGACAAUAAAGACAGCUCAGGGAGUCAAGCUGUGGGUGCGGCUGGGACUCCAUCUUUACCCUCUUCCUCUGUAGAGACUCAGGAUGAUAGGAAAAGUGGUAGAGCAGACAGCGACGCAAAAAAGAAACCCUCUUUUAGGUCCAUCAGUACAACCCUGGUGUCCAGCAUCAAGAGACGUAGGUCCUCCAAAGACACGCAAUUCCCACCCACAGACAUUACGGGCCAACUCAACUUGUCCGACCCGUCUGUUAGCACAGUGGUGUGAGGCAGAGAGAGGGAGAGUUUAGAGAGAGAUAAAGACAUGUUCAUUCUUUAGAAACAAACAAAAUGGACCUUGAAGGGAAAGAGUUGUAGUCCCAUUCCUCUAGGUUUGCACAAUGGAUCCAUCACGGAUGAAAACUACUGAGCCAAUUCACCUUUAUGGGGAGCCAACAGACCUCUUCAUCUAAUACAGAACUGUCAGGAUGGCCAUCUGCAGGGGAGUGCUGUGAACACACAAACACCUUCACAGCUUGAUGCUAAACUUAUACAUUAUAUAGUUCUGUAUAAAUGUGUUCAGUUUAUGAAACACUUCUUAAUAGUAUUAUGAUUAUUCUUAAGUUGAUUUAGUGGUUUAAGUAUUGUACAGUAAAACUGAAUUACAGUUACUAAGAAAAAACAUCACUCUUCAUUUGUAGAGGCCAAUUCUAAGACCAGUAUAACAGACUAACUAGUUGUAGUAUAUGAUUAAUUAGUUUACAUAUGACUUUAAAACAUAUUUAUCUACUUUAAACAUUUUGUUUUACUUGCUUUCUGUUUAUUGUUUUUGAUUAUUUGUCUGUCUAAUCUAUAAAGGGAUAUGUCAGCCAAUGAAGCAAAUUAGCUUUACCAAUACUAGUAUCAUUUCCUUUGCCCUUGAAAGGAACUAUUUUAGCCAGUCAACCCUAUGCAUGUAAUAUGCAUGCAAAUGUAUGCCUCAAGGCUUAUGGAAAACGAUAUAAACACAUCUAGAAACCAUUCCUCCUAUACCCAACGCAGAGAAUAGAUUCAGCAUGAUUGUUUAAAAUGACAUACUGUAUUUUAGGUCUUAUAAGUGAAUUAUUGUAAUUUGCACACCACUUUAUUAAAAACUCUCCUUCCAACUAUCCUAAAUGUGAAAUAUUAGAGGAGUUCUUCUUUUUUUAAAUCCUUAUGCAGUUUUUCUCAUCUUCAGUCUAAAGGGUGCAUCAAGGGGCCUGGUUUUUACAUUUAACUAGCAUUUGGCCUCUCUUUCAAAACAUCUCUUUUUUUCAUCCUCACAGAUGACCUUAGAGACCUUUUGCAUGAGAAACCCCCAAGUGUGAUCCUACUUUUGAUUCUGGUGCUACAGUUUUGUAUACACCUUUUGGUUAGAUGUGAAAUCUGGCCGUUUCCCAAGUUCUGGGGUUGAGAAACAUCAACAAAGCUGCAUUAAUAAGAAAUGUUUAUGGUAAAUGUUCACUCACUGCUAUUUAUAUGACCCGUGGAAACUCCCCUAUAAGAGAUAUCACUUUCCUAGCACUUUAAUGUGAAUUCUGUCGGAAGCUGUAUGCAUAUAGAAAUUAUGCAAUUUGCCAAAUGUUGAUUGUAAUAUUCAUACUUGAUAUGAAAAUGUACAUUUAAGAAUGUGAAAUAUGUAAAAAUGUCAGCUGUUUGAUUUUAACGAAACACUCAUUUUAAAACUUUGAGACUUCAAACAGAUUUCUUUCAGAAAUAUCAGUUCAAACAUGUCAGAUUCCUCUAGUGCAUACAUUCUCUGUUGUCUAGCAUAAUAGGCUUUAGGUUUUACUUUUCUAAACUGACAGGUGUAUAUACAGUAUGUUUUUCUCAUUGCUUAGGUUGAGGCACAAUGUAUUAUACCUGAUUUCAUUGCCUGUGUAUGUUGAAUUCAGUGUAUACUACUUGGACUAAGAUUGUUAUAUGAUUUUUAGAAAAUGUUGAUAAAAAGGAGUGUUUUUAUGAGAAACUGUCACCCUGUAAAUGACACACAAACACAGUCAUACAAAUUUCAUCACAUAUCUACAUGCAGAAACACACAUUUGCUGAGAAUGAGUCUUAUUUAAAUGAGUGCUACAUCUAUGUUUGAGUUUAUUUGAGAUAUUUUCAUUAAUGAACACAUGUUUGCAUUUUGACAAAUAUAUACAGUAUAUACCUAACAUAUCUGUGUGCCAAUAAAAUUGUGUCAUGUCAGCUGCAGACCACAACAAAUUGAUUGUGUUCUCUAUUUUUUAUCAAAUC